AGCCUCCUGUGCCCAUCGCUCCCCCGCAGCUGACAGCGGUCGGCGCCACCUACAUGUGGAUCCAACUCAACGCUAACUCCAUCAACGGAGACGGGCCAAUCAUCGACCGAGAGGUGGAGUACCGUACCGUGUCAGGGACCAUGUAUGACCUGCAGCCUGUGGACAAGACCACCCAUAAGAUAGGUCACCUGACACCAGACACAGACUAUGAGAUCAGUGUGCUGUUGACCAGGCCCCUGGAUGGAGGGACUGGGGCCCCCGGGCCUCCUCUCAGGGCCAGGACCAAGUGUGCCG